AUGCGGUGUGGUGUGCCGGCCUAUAACUCUGCCCUUCUUCUGCUCGUCGCUCCGUCUUGGCCACUGUUGUGUGCUGCCGCGCCGUGGACCGGACUCCUGUCUCGCCGUCAGCUGCUCUUAGACUAUUCGCCCGCUCCGCCGCCUGAAGAAGGCCCUCCAGCUUCGGCCGGUGCCCUUCGUGACCCAGCUUACCUCCCUGCUCAGAUCGGUGGCAUUGUCGGGGCCUACGCCCUCUCGCUGGUGCUGGUCGCCCUCUUUCUUCUUGCCUUUUCCAGGCGCCGCCGCGAGCAUCUGAGAAACCGGGACCGCGACCAGGACGACGUAUACUUCGAGUUCAAUCCGUUUCCGGAGCCGUUCCAGCUCGAGUCCGAGGAGGAAUAUAAGAGACAGCUCGAGCAAUUCCAGCUCGAACAGUUCCAGCUCGAACAGCUCCGGCACUUCCAGUUCGACCACGCGCAAAACGAGCGGAUCCAGAAGCUCUCUCUCCAGACUGAUUUUCCGAGGAGCCCCGUCAGGAACUUCUCGCUCCCUGCCUCUGCUUCGCCCCUUAGCCCGGGUCGGUACGGUCCACUCAGCCCGAGCAAGUCGCAUCGCUCUGCUUUUACCGAGUCGUCGCCAACUUCGACUGUCCUCGCCGCUGGCAUCGAUCUUUCCGUCGAUCAGUCGAUCGUGAACCGGGACAGAGCCAUGGCGCAACAACAGUUGGAAGAGAUGUACAAGCAUGUCAUGGAGCUGGAGCGGGCUAAGGAGGAAGGGAGAGAGUAUCAGGGGCCGCCGAUUCCCGCCCCGCCCUCCGCCUCGGCGAGCGCGAGUCCCGCAAAGGCCGGGACCACGAAGAAAGGAAGAAACAAGCCCUCCAACUUGAAUCUCGCACAGGACGACAAGUCGCAAUCGCGCAGCUCGUCCAUCUUCUCCUUCCUCAAAUCCCCGCGGAAGAACAAGGCCCCAAGCGGCUUGAACAUCUCGUCCCCAAUCAUGACGCCUAUGUCGGGAACCUUCCCACGACACGAUGACCAGGAGAUGAAUGCCAUCCCGCCUCGGCAUUAUGCUCCUCCCGCACCGCCCCCGGUACCGUCUGAUCUGCCCUUCCGCCGGGCGGCGACGGCUUCGGCCGCCGGGAGCAGCCACCUCCCAACCCCAGACAUCUCUCCCGUCAGCACGCAGAGCAUCGACUCGCGCAUUGACGCCGCCAUCGGCCAGCCCCCGAGCCGCGCCGCCCGCCGCGAGCAACGCGGCCGGGAAACACGCAGCGACGACAGGCUACCGGCCCACUCGCGCGACGUCUCCACCGCAACCAGCACAGCAGGCGAGUACGAGCCUGUCUCCGCGGUCUCGGAGAACUCCACCACCGCCCUCGUCGGCCUUCCGCAGUCCCCGCGUCCGGGCGUCAACCGCUUCCCCAGCCUCGACUCCCUACCCGCCUCGCCGCGCCCGGGCCAGCAGACGUUCGCCCACUCGUCGACCUCCUCCUUCCCAAAACAAGCCUCGGCCGUCCGCGAGGGCGGCGCUCUCCCGCUGCGCGCGUACGAGCCCUCGGUCAGCAGCCCGACCGCGUCGAGCUUCGCGACCAAGCAGACGGUGUUCACGCGCGCCGCGCCCGGUCCGCUCUCGCCCGGCUUGCCGACGGGCAUGCGCACCCCCUGGACCGGCGCGCCGGUGCCCUACACCCCGUACCAGCCUUUCUCGCCCGUCGUGCCCAUCACCCCGACCGUGGUCACGCGCGCCGACCGGAAGAGGAUGAAGAAGUUUGAGCCCAAGACGCCGACUGUGGAGAUGGUUAAGAGUUCGGACGAGAUCUGGUAG